UCAUGAAGCAUCGCAAAGCAUCGUGAAAACAAAGCUACGAACAGGUUAAGAGAAUUUUUAAGUGUUCAGGUUGUCUAUUUCGUGUGAUCCACGCUGGAAAUGGAAAAUAGCGGUGAAAGUGGCGAUGACGGUGGACCAUUGGGCCCGACUGCAUUCCUUAGUGGAAGCGGGGUUUCCGCGUCUUAUAUUGGGGUUCAAUCAGACGACAUGGAAGACGAUCCUGAAAAUACUGACGACUCGAAUCACGGAGCUAGCGAUCCGUUACAAGGAGCUGGAGGCCCUGGCGGUGGGGGUCCGCUUCGUGAACAAGAUCGGUUUCUUCCUAUAGCGAACGUGGCGAAAAUUAUGAAACGUGCCAUACCGGAAGCAGGAAAGAUAGCCAAAGACGCACGGGAAUGUGUUCAAGAAUGUGUAUCCGAGUUCAUAUCGUUCAUCACGUCCGAGGCGAGCGAUCGGUGUCAUAUGGAGAAACGCAAAACAAUUAACGGCGAGGACAUUCUGUUCGCUAUGACAACACUUGGUUUCGAUAACUACGUGGAACCAUUGAAAGUGUAUCUGCAAAAGUACAGAGAAGCCACGAAGGGCGAUAAUCCGCCGGGCACCGGUGGGACACCUGGAAACGGAAAGGUCGAACCUCCGGGAACUAUAUACGAGGAUCAGCUGUUCGCGAUCGCUGCGACUGCGGCGAGUGCCACACCGCCGGACACAUCUGUUAUAUACAGUUACACGUCCACCGAUCAAAUGCAGUUCCAGCUUUCCUGAUCGGUGCCGGUUAAAGUGAUGCUACUAUAAAUUAUUCUACGUGAAACCGUGAUUUCAUGGAAACAGCUACUUUUUUGACUGUCGUGUAUAUCUUCUACGCGCGUGAUUGCGUUUAUUUAAAAAAAGAAAGACUGUGUAAAAUCAGAUUCGACAGCGAGCUGAUCCUGUGUAUCGUGAGAACGGAAAUACGAGGAGCGUUUCGAGAUCUCAGUGAGGAGGGUGGAAUUAAAAUUUAGAUAAUCCUUGUAAAGAGAAGAAGUAAGAAAAAAAAAAACGAAAACUGAACAUGGAAGGAAAUAAACGA